AUGCAAUACAAAUACCUCAUUGCCCUGGCGGCACUGAACCACAUCGCUUACUCGAUACCAAUUCUGUCAGAUGCAUCAUCUACGACCACUUCAAUCGAGAAACCUACUCCAGUUCCUGAUAUCGGCUAUUCCCCACCUAUCUUAGGCGAUGAAAUAAACACUGCUGUUUGCAAGGGAACCGUUGAAAAUUGCAAUCCGGAAGCUGCCAAGAACGACGAUAUUCAAGAUAACACACUACCAAAACUUCCUGAUAAUUGUGACGGCUGUAAAUACGGCGAUCGCGACUGGAAGAAUUACGAGUGGGCUAAAGGGGGAGCUCAGGCUAGGGCAGCUCCACCAAAACCUGUUACUGAUGACAAACCACCACCGCCGCAAGUGAAGAAGCCGUUGGAGGAGAAACCGGACCCGGAGGUCAAGAAGGGGGAUCCCGCAGAAAAGAAGAAGCCUACAGAUGAUGAAGAGGAUGCUGAAGACGACGAUGAGACGCCAGCAAAGAAGAAGCCUGCAAAAGGAGAUGAAGACGAAGACGAAGACGAAGAGGCGACUAAGGACGACGAAGUAGCUCCCGAAGACGAUGAAGCUGAUGAGGACGAAGUGGAUCCCGACGAGGAGGAGGAGAAGCCUAAGCCUAACCCAAAGCCAAAAGCAAAGCCAGCACCGAAGCCAAAGACUACAUAA